AUGUUUCGCGCCGCGCCCAAGUUCAGAUCAUUAGCACGCCCCUCGACUCUCUACCGCCCGCUCACCACAACCGCCCAUCUCCGCCGUCUCGUGCAACCGAACGAAUCUGUCAAAUCGCAUACCGUCCGCUUCCUACCGCCACCACUCUUUACACCUCUUCGCAUCGCCACUUUCUUCCUCUACACAUCAUGUCUUGUCGGCUAUGUCUGGUACUUCUUCCCGGAACUCGAGAUUGAGAUACAAGAGGAAGGGGAGGAAGGGGAAAUCCAGAUAUCUGAUUCAGAAUUCGCCGCUGAAGAUUCACUCUUCAUACCCCUGACCUGGGCCAAGAAACUGCCUCGUUCGUUUUACAAAGGCUCUGAUCCAGAAUGGCAAGAGUUUGUCAAGGUCUCGAAAGAUAAGGCUCGCCACAAGAAGAUCCAAUCCGAACUGGUCAAGAUAGUCUAUGACACCGCCCAAAAGCACCCAGCAUUCGUCAAACAGCUCGGCCGCGACACCAAGGUUGGCCAGUGCUGGCUCGACAUCAUCUUCCCGGACGGUCCACCUCAGGAAUACGCUCGCGCCGGCAUUGAAGUUGGCUCUGACUAUAUCGCAUACGCCCUUCAGCGCAUUGACGCCCAGCAACAACACCGAAUCCUUCGUACUUUAUGGCCCACAGCCGCCGCCAAUGGCCUCUACAACAGCACUAAGGUUCUUCUUGGUUUCCAGUAUCAUCGUCUGAAACAGUUGCUGGGUUGGGAAGUCGACUCUACACCUGGCAGCCAGGACGCCAAGUACCAACAACUACUCCAAUUGCUGCAAGCUCAACAGGCACAGCAAGCCGAACAAGCGAAGACUCAAACGGGUGCUGGAACGCCAGAGGCAGACAAGACGCAAAGCAGUGCCUCAUCGCUAUUGCCAUGGGCAGCCAAGGUGCCUCAGCCACCUUCGAGCAUAGAGAUGCCGAUAGCUCAGCACAUAUUCCAUGCUACCUUGGCUCAGGGGAAGAUGCCCAAGAAGAUGGAACCACCAAGAGGCAGCUUCGUUGUGCAAGGACUGAUUCAGCUUAAGGGCAGCAGGUCUAUCUUGACAUUGGAUGUGCAAGCUUUCUACGAUCCAAAGGCUAGCCAUUUCCUUGUUGUGAAUGCGACCCCCAGGACCAUUAAGCAGCGGAAGCAGUCACCCAAGGGUGGUAAUUGA